AAAGUUGAAUAAAUCUGGAAAGGAAGAGAGAAGAGGGGUGGCGGGUCCGCUCUGCUCGGCUUCAAAGCACGUCAAAGAGAGAGGAACUUCGCGGUCCUAAGUGGCGUGCAAACAAGACCAAGACGAUAACUUUAUUUACGCAGCUUUAUGCACCGGGUGUCUGGAAAAAUGACUUUUAUACCUCUUCUCUUUCUAUUCCUACGCAGCGUCUCUUCUGUGUGCCACCCUUUCGCCUAAAUUCUCACGCCAACAGCAAUUUUGUUUCCCGGCUAUGACGGUCGUGAUAAAAACUGGGUUAAAAGACGGGACAAAGAGAAGACGAGAAGAAUGAGAGGGAAAGAGUUUCCAACCGGUAGCUACCCCUUUGACGACGCGGAGAACAAAGACAUACACCGUGUGUAUGAAGCAGGGUUGAAGGAAGAGGGAGCACGAAAGAAAGACGGCAAUGGAACGAUGAAAAGGAAUGGAUGAAGAACGAUGAGGAUAUAAAGAGACAAAGAUAAAUCGUAUUAACGCCUAUCUUCGAGCCCGCACGUACACACUUGGCCACCCCGUCCCUCCUCUUUGGACAAACGCAAGUGUGUCGUGUACAUAGGGGAUACAUAAGUGGCCGUCUAUAUGGGCGCGUACGGCCGAAGGAGGCCAAGAUACAGGAGGUGUUCUCUCUCUGUUUGCGUGUUUAGAGGUAUUUGCACAUUCCAUAGGUGCACAGAGACAGAGAAAUCUAAACGCGUACACGCGGGGAUAUAUUUAAAUAGAGGAGAGGGUGGGCGCGUGUAGGUGUAAGGGCGGCAGAUAGGUUUGUGCGAAACGUCUGCAUGCGAGUCGGUGGACGCAGGCGCCGGUAGCCAUGGCGACGAUUCCUUCGGAUUGGCCGCAGCUUCCACUUGAAUCCCCGGCGUCGACCCCCGCAGCCGGCCUCCGGCUCUGACGUACUAUCCGCCACCAUCGAUAACCCCUCUGGCUCGCAGCUCUCUCUCGGCCACCCCCGUCCACAACCACCCCGUCUAACGCUGCCUGCCUUCCACCCUCUCUCGCUUUCUCUUCGCUCCUUCCUCGACCACUCCUCCCUCCUUCUUCUUCCUACCCGUCUUACCUACCCCCCUUCUCUAUUUUCGAUCAUGCUUUCCUUCCUGCCGCACUCUCCAAGAUAUUCGACGAGGAAUCUUAUGGGUUUUCGAGAAUCCGACCCGAAGUUUAUUGGAUAGUUUCUCGAGGGGGUUGUUUUGUUUUUUUCUUGGAAAUUUUAUUUUUGACGAGAUUCGAUAAUUCUCAUUGUUCAGAAAAAUUUAAAUAACAUUCCGACGCGUAGAGAGUUUUUCAAUCGAUGUAAAAACUUCAACAGUUUCACAUGCCAGCGAUUAAUUAACUGCAGUGCAUUACCAGCGUUAUUAGCGUCCAGCAUUCACGACACUGCCACAAUAGAUAAGGCUGACCACUUCCACGUGUGUGUGGUCACCACACACGCGUUUCCUUCUGCACGCGGUCAGGUGAAACGCCGCUCGAACCAAUUAACAUUCUAUUAAACUCAAAGGAGUACGUGGUUUCUUACCUGACCCUUUCCAACCCCUCUACAGUUACAUUUUACUUUGCGUGUCUUGAUGCAAAAACAUCGCCUGUUGCUCUCACCGACCGUUAUUGAACUGUCGAGAUACUUCAGAUUAAAAAUAUCGACGAAUAAUUAUAUUUGAUGGACGAAAGUUUUCUUUACUCGAACCAUUCGCUUAAUUCGAUUUUAAUGCGCAACAAUUACGGUGAUGAAUUAGCGUGUUAAAGUCACGAAGUAUCAUUUGUCUUUCAGAUAUGAUUUACAGAUUAUCGCGUGGAUUCGUGCCAUCAAUCAUUAUUAAUGGAACAAUGUGCGAUUUAUUUCGAAGUGCAUACUAAACAGAAAUUGCAUAAAUCUAGAAUCAUUACUGAUCGUUGUUCGAUUAGGAAUCUUUUCUAAUCCAUCAAUUUAUCGAUACAUUUUUUUUUUUUAUCUAUUCGAGGAUUUACAAAUUGUUACAGGCUUUCGUGGUGAAAUUGCGAAUCGCGAUUUUAAAGCGGUAACUUCGGAAACGAGAUUGUUCGUUGCUCCACCGUCGGUAUAAUGAUUACGCGUUUUCCACCCUCGCGCUGUCGAUGGUGUAAAUGCGUUUCCGCCGGAGAGCCACGCAGUCGUGUUUCGUGGCUGGGAACUAACGAAUAUCCACAUCAUUCGUAAUCACCGUAUAGAACAGCGUUCUCUCUCUUUUUUUUAAAUAUACAUACAUAGCCGGCGAGAAAAAUGCGGUUAAAUCGUCGGCCGCUCGUGACGGAAUAAUGGUAAACGCGCGAACGGCGGCUCGGUUGUUUAAUUCGAGGCGAACGAAAACAGGCUUUGCGUCGGUGGUUAUAUCGAAAAAAGCAAAAAAUAAAAGAGAGAGAGAGAGUAUGUGGAACAUCAACGCGUUGAAUAAACGGGAAUACUAUUUGAAACGAUGAAGGCGCGACGAUUUUCCACGUUCAAGGCGAUUCGGAUAAUUAUCGUCGCGCUUUCCUCUCGAAAUUAUGAGGAAAUCGUCGCGAUUACUCUUUAAAGAAAAUAUUUUAAAUUCAUUUUCAGCCUCAUUUCUUUAGAUACUUAUUUCUCCAAUGUAUGAAAAAAUAUUUCUUUGAUUUGAAAUUUUCAAAUAAUGCAAUCAAAAUCACAGCCACGAAAUUUUCACAGCGUUUACGUGCUCGGCACACUUUGCACAGCCGCAUCCGUACGCGUCCUCUGCAUAAACGCAGCGGCAGGUUAAUUAUCGUGCUAGCUUCCGGCUCGCAUUCUCCGCGAGAUCUCGACUGGAUGAUUUCGGUGUCUAGCUUAAUUGCUCGGCGCGCUUGCUUCGCCUCCGUUGCGACGAAAUUAUCAAAAUUUCCUCACGGCUCUUUAUCGCGCGCGCACGUGUGCGUGUACACGAACCAAUUUGUCGUUCGACCAGUUGCUCCGCCGCGAACAAAGAAACGCGCGAAAAGGUACAUGGUCGGGAUGGUACACGUUUUGAUGGCGAUGCGCGUCGCUCGUUAAUGAACGCGUGCAGUCGAUAAUUUAAAGCAGCCAUGGAAAAUGAGUUGAAAGCAGGCGCUUUGCUCGAUACCGAAAAUCAAGCCUCCGCUUCGUGCUCGAGGGAGAAGAAAUAAGGGAGGGAAAGAGGUUCAUAGAAAAUUUUGCUAUAAUUGAAGCUCGAAGAGGUCGAUGACCCGAGCAAUUUCUCCUUUCUCCCAGAAAAUUGUUAUAAAGUGAUUUUUCAAACUUUGACAAUUUUUUUCAAUCAAUCUUCGUCUACAUAAAAUUAGAAUAUUUCAUUCGAUGGAACGUCGCGAGGUGUGCAGUCGUCUCCCAAUGGUCCAUCGACCAUUAGUACAUAGCGCGAGGUGAGGAGUAACGCGUUUGCAAACCUCUAGAAUUACCGGUGCAUAGUAAUCCAAUCCAAUCGAAUGCGGACGAUGCGAGAGGAAACGAUGCAACCAGACUUGGAAAAGAAUCGUCGAAGGAUCGGUGGUACCGAAAUGGUAAUUCGUGUAACGUGAGAGUACGCUGAUCCGAGAUGCGAGAACGUUCGAUACCGGAAACGAGGAUGCUCGAGGUGAUGGCUCUCGCCUGUGGCUAUUGUGAUGCUCGAUGAAACGAGCCUGAAUAUUCGACGGGACAAAACGUGCUGUUCAAGUAAGAUACAGUGUUAAAUAUAAAAAACAUUUGCUGAAUAGAGAAGUAUUGUUUUUACGUUGAGAAUGUAAACUUGAAAAGGUGUGAAAGAUGAUCGAAAAUGGGGCACAGGGACAAUCGGAGACUCGAACAAUUUAGUAGAACACGAUUUUUACACAAUUAUAAGAGACAGGAUUAUUCGAUUGCUCGUCGACAAAGCGAGGUAAAAUUGCCGGAAGAAUGUAAAGAUGGACGGCUAGAUUCAUAUAGAAGUAAAAGGGGUGCGUGGGUGGGCGUACAUGGACGAACCAUGUAGAGUCAGGUAGGUUGGUAAAUAUGUGGGUCGUAACUAGGAAGCUGUGUACGCGAGAACCGUGUCCGGAUAGUCGUCGACUUGGAAAAAAGAGAAAAAGAAAAACGUGAAAAUCAGGUAUACAGUGUCGGCCAUAUACGUUGUAUGCUCGGCUUAAAUGUGCACACUCAAUUAUUUCCCAAGGUAGGUGUAUCCAAAGCACAGGAUGGGAACAGCAUCGUUGCUCUCGAAUACUUUAAUUUCACUUUAAUCUUCUUUUCUAAACGAACAAAAUGGAGGAGUUUUAAAGACUUCAGAAAAUGUGUAGCCAUCCAGGUGUUGAUCUCUUGAAAAAUUUCCUUUUAUAUUAAAUUCGGAUAUUUUUCAAAUUUUUGAUUUAAAAAAUCAUAGAUCAAAUAUUUACAUAAAAGUCGUAACGAUUGUUCUACAGGAUACUCGAUGAACGAGGAUGCCUCACACGUGGACGUACGAUUAAUCUUUUGGGCAAUUGGUUUUUCCCGGUUGUAACCAAAAAAUUUCUAUCCCUUUUUCAAGAUAUUUUUUUUUACUCUUCCCUUUAUUUUGGGGCCGUCGCUGGAAUCGAUAUUCGAAGGGAAAUCACUGCGGGAAACGCGCGCGUCCGCUGUGUUGUUUUUACAAAAUCCUCCAAACGGGAAGCUUUUUCGUUUCAGCCACGAAUCACAGAGGGUGUGAGGAGAUGAAACACAGGUGGGGAAGGGUGGACGAGGGGUUGUGGCGGAAUGUGAGGGAACGAAUUUCGAAGCGUGACGCCGGUAAUGAUUUAUUUUUCCGAAUUUAGAGAGCGGCACUGCAUUUUUCCCGAAUUUAUUAAAGGGUCACGCAACGCGUGGCGUGUGUUUAAUUGAAAAAGCUCCCAGACCCGAGCGAAUUUAGCGUUAAAUAAUUGUUGUGUUUUUCGACGCGGCCCCGGAACACCAGUAAUUUCGGGCGAGAAAAAAUGCAAUCUCGUUCAAUAUUUGCGGUCGUCACGGUUUUUAAAACUGUUAUUUCAUCGUUCCAAUUUUUAACCCUGAAAUUUCGUAACAAAAAAUGCAUUUCCAGCUAUUCACGGACAGUAUUGAACGUUGUUAUUUCGUUGCAGUACCCAAACAAUUUAUUAAUUAUUCAAACAGAAAUAUGAUAUUAUAAUAUUUUUCGAACGAUCUUUCAAUGAUACUUUUUCUGGAUAGCUGUUAACCUUCAAAAAAAUUGCAGUGUUUAUUCGAUGACAGUGGAAUUUAUAGAUUAAAAAUCUUCAUUCGUGGAACCUUACAUCGUUUACCGUUUCAACUCCGCAAUUAUUUGAACUCCACAGAGAAGUGAAAGCUCGUGAACGAAAGAGGGCGAGAAAUCGAUCCGAAUAGUAGAAGGGUUUGAAUAAGGAAUCCCGUUGCGCGUCGUUCUCGCAAAUAUAACCAUCGAGAGAUAAAUACCCGAAAGCAUAUAGGGGUGAAAGAUACACACGCUAGUAACUAGUCGGACAAACAAGUAGUAGAAGGCACAGUUUAAAGUACAACAACAGCAACAACGUCCACCGAUCGUGUUUCCUGAACGUGGUCGUUCGUCGUGGAACAGUCUUUCCACCCCUCCCUACGAUUCCAACCGCCCCCACCAAACGCCACAACCACCCCCUUCGAACAUGCUCCGCUCGGCAGGAACCCUCUCCUCUGCAACCCUCGUGGCAUGGCCCUGGUAGACCGAACGAACGAGGGAGAGAACCCUUCCUCUCUACCCCCAGAGUGCCUACGCCUCCCGCGUUGCCCCGGCAACCCCAGCUUGGGGUUGGCCUCCGCCUCCUCCGUGCUCUGCAGCUCCAUUCACGGCGACCCCCUCCCUCGUCCCUUUCUCCAACAGUUUCUCCUCGUUCUACGACUCCGAGAGCAGCCUGUUCCUCUUCCACCCUUCUCUUUUCGACCACCCUGAAGCAGCUCCGACUGCUUGGUCCAACCCCUCGCCCGCUUCUUCUUCCUCGUCUUCUUCUUCUCCGUUCUUCUACUAGCGUCGUUUCAAGGAACAGGUGAGAAAAGAACGGAAGAAACACGAUACGACUUGGUUAUGAUCAUGCGUAUGGGGGUGGAAAAGGAAUAGGGGAGGUUGGAGGAGGAUGUCAGAGCUCCUCUGGAAGCCAACCGGAUUAACGUAUCUCGAAUAAUUUGUAUACAGUCGCUAUUAUACAGGGUGUCCUGUAGAUAAUGGUACGAAAAUUCUUGAUGGAAAAAUAAAAUAAGAAAUGUCGGAUUUAAUUAAAAUUAAAAUUUUAUGCUUGUGUAUAUGAAAAGAAAGGAACCAAUUUGUGUUUCAACCCUGUUGAUCGCAUAGGGUGAGAUCGUCUGUGGCGAGCGACCAAUGGCUAAAAGACGUUGUUAUCGUUGCUUCCCGGUUACGUGUUCGCGCUGUAUUGAGAAAAUAUUAUCGAUCGAGGAGGCGCGCGCGCGAGCAUCCACCUACUCGCUUGCGUGGGUGGUUACCGCCCGCGGGGAGUGAACGUGAGAAUUUCAACGUGGUCGAUCCGCUUCCCUCGUCGUUGAAACGACGAUGCGCAGUUCGGAGAUGUAAGAGGAAGGGGUGGUUCCGGGGGUUGCAGGUAAUCGGGGAAGGAAAGUCGAAAGGGCAAAUUGGGAUUGUUAACUCGUGCGGUGAAUGCGUGAGUUGGAAACGUGGCGGAAGUGUUUGCGCGCCAUGUGAAGUAUCUGCCAGGAAAUAUUUUAUAGGAAUACAAGAAAAUUUUCUUUGAUUUAUUUAAUUUCAAUUUCGAUUUCUCAUUUGAAAAAUUAAGAAACGACCCUUAAAUGAAAAAUACAAAUAUAACAGCCAUUUCAGAAGAUAAAAGCCCCAUCUUCUUCAGCUUUCUUACCGUCUUCCCGGUCUACCAAACGAGGGUUUACCAUCGAUUUAACCCCCUUCGUGGAAAAGACGAUGUUUCCCUUUCGUAAGAAGCCUCGCAAAUGGCUACACGCGACUCCUUCAACCGGAAGAUCGAAUCUGAACGUCGUUCAGCCUCUUACGUGGCGUCAAUUCGAUUCACCCUAUUUUCAGAUAGAAAAAGCGACGGCGGAGCAACCGUGCCACCCUUCCAUCGGCGUUGAAGCAGCCGCGUAACAUCGUAAGAGAGACUGCUCGGCAACGUUAAGAGGGUUGUCGCGUUUCGGGUUUGCAGGUUGGCGCGGAGAAAAAGCCCUCCCCUACCUUCCUCUUUUCUUCUGCAGUUGACACGCACGUGAAAAUUCGAUUCGCUCGGCUGUAGCCCCGAUGUACCGGGGUUGAAGGUGCAACGCGUCACCAGAGAGGGUGUACUCACCCUCCUUUCGUUUUGAAGCUUGUAUCGCAGGAAAUUUAAAUUCUUCAGGGAUUGACGUAUGGCGAAAACAUAUAGUGAGUUAAUAUUUUAAACCAGCACGUUUGAAAUCACUUUGUUCAACACAGCAGAUCUGGACCGUGCGUGGUACGACAUUCGUCAGCGUGGCUCUCCCACGGAAAUCGUUUGACGCUUUUGAUCCGUUCGAUUGAACGCGGCGUGAUUGAGUUAUUAACAGCUGUGAUGCUUGCUUCAUUUGAGAAUCCUUUGUACACGGGUAUCCGUGCCUACGCUGCAACGUUAUAAGAAAAUUACAUAAAAUAAUUUUUGAUAAUCGUGCGCAAUCGAGCGAACACGAAAUCGUAGUUAUAUUUCAUCGUUAAAAGGAAAAAGAGGCGUGGAAGAAAAAAAUGCAGCUGGUGCCCCUGUGGCGCGACACUGCCCACACCCUGAGAAGGAAACUGGCCGUACCCGUUUUCUGAUCAACGGUUUUAAGUCGGGGAAAGUGGCGAACGGGAAAGGUGCCGCGUACGUGUAUGCUAUGCACAGAUUUUCUUCGCCGUGCCACGAUGUAUGCAGCAUUGCGGUUCGUAUAACUUUUAAUUGGGUUAUCUGUCCCGGAACACCGUCAAUCCGCGCGGUUAUAGGCCCGAUACAGAAAGCUUUUCCAUGUACCGCCAGUGACCCGAAUGAAACUGUUUUAAAGACGGUAAUCGCGUAUCUGAACACGCCCUUUUCCUAAACCGCCAUAUCGUGACAAGCGAGUAUCGACAAGAGUGAAAUUAAUAACGCUGUCCUCCUGCACUGAUAACCUUGUGUUCGCGAGGGUGAAAUCAUGCGUACAGUAUUUCCAGGGCGUUCGUUAGAGAAAGGGUUAACAUUUUGAUAUCCGGUGUCCUAUAUUCCUGAUUUUGACGUAUCAAUUUUUACCUCGUUAUAUUUCACCUUGUUUUCAUCUACUCUAUGAUAUACCAAUUAAAAUAAAAAAAUUAAUAAUUUUGCUACGUACAUAAAUAAAAACUUAUUAAGAUGAAAUGGCGAAAGUCAAAGAUUUUGCGAAGCGUAUUAUAUUCUACCGUACACGCGUUGUUACUUGAACGAUUGAAAGGCUGUAUGUGAAUGGGCCUUUAGGUCGGAUCGUGGCGUUGGCUGGCGGUAACAGCGUACCUCGAAUUCCGGACGUGGAGGAGACAACGAACGCGCACCGGAAAGUAAUCACGCAUACAGCAGCCGGGUACAGAGGCCGAUCGAUUAGCCUGUAUCCGCGCCUGCUGCCGCGCACCGCAACUACGUGACAAAUAUUAUCGCGAUCGACCGACCAGCUGCGUUUGAUGUGGACGCGUUUAUGAAAUGCCGACACGCCGAUAAUCAUGCGCGGCCAGCGCCCAAGGCUAAAUCCGAUUUGCAAUAUUAAGCCGCCCCCGCCUCGCCGUCCCAGCCGUCCCGCUAAACGAGUCCACCUUUUUCGGCCCUCUCCUAAUUAAUCCGUUCGAUUGAACCCUUUCGAGGGCUUCCGGCAAUCCUUCGGUCGCGUGCUCCAAGAUGGUUCCUUUGUAUCAAAAGGGAAAUUCUCGAAUUAUGUAAGAAUUACAUUGAUCGCAACGCGUAACGUCAACAUUGAUGCGUAAUCAAAAAGCAAUAUAAAUGCUUCAGGGUCUGCUUAGAGCAAACGAUAAGUAUUGCGUAAGAGGAUUCGUUUGAAAAAUUUAUAACCGAUAUAAUUCCUCCGGAACGUUCGAUUCAUCGAUGGAGUUGAAUUACCGCGUUUAACAUUUAACAUCAGGCCAUUACCGAUGGACAACAAAAACGCGGACCGAAUAGAGAGACACUCGAGCUUAAUGGAAACGCGGAGCAUCAUCGAAGUUCGCGCAAAGGCAACAUUCAAUGCGACGUUAUCACCGUCGAUUUCAAUUAAUCGUUCCAUCAAAAUGAAUAGAUACCAAAGAGGUCAGCUCUUCGGCAUAUUUUUUUUUCUGCUCGAUAAUCAAAGGCUGGAAUGUUAGAGACCGGAGCCAACGAGUCUAAUAACGUUGUUACACGCAAUGAAGAUCCUCGUGUUCUUCGUUUUCGCGUACAGUCCUCGGUGAAAUUCGCCAAAUGGAUUGCGGUGCUUCGAUUUAGUCGAGCGUGGAGCUCGUUGGAUCCCCAAAGCGUCUCUGAUCGCUCGUUUCUUCCAUCCCCUGUAAACGUCUGUGAAAUAUAUUCGAGGAAACAUCGAUGCUCGGAGCGCUGAUCUUUCGCUCCAGUUGCGAAAAAAACCUGUCUCUCUCUCCCUCGUGCAAAUUGGAGCACCGAUAAACGUGCCUCGCUCGAUCACUCCCUUUCCAAGGGGCACAUUUAUUCCGGUAACUGCGUUCUGCGAGACGGAGACAGGUGCGCUCAACCCCUCGUGUGUGCUUUCACGAGUUACAAUCAGGUUCGUGACUGGUGGUGAUCGUUAAAAUGCGAGGAAUUACUUGUUUGAUACGAAACUGAGAUAAAGGAACACGUGAUAACGCCAGGUAACUGGGAUUAGAAAAUCAUGAAAUAAAUAUGUACUUGGCGAUUGUUACUUUCAACGGUAUCGUAGCUGAAGCGAAGGCGCAUCCUGAAGCACUUUCGAAAUAGGUCAUCGAUUCACCUUAAUCUCUUGAUUCACUGUUCUUUGAAUCAAAGGUUCCUACCUCAAGGUACUGUCAAUGCCAGUCACGCAGCCAGGCCCAAACAAGCUGCUCCCCGUACACAUACUUAGCCUAAGUAACGGAGAAGGGUCACGCGUGGACCGUCCUCGAACGAGGUGACUGUACAUUCGACGCUAGUGAUACCGUCUUCGUUCCGCUCACGGAACGCUCCUACUCUUCGUCGCCCUGUCGUCGUUGCUCGUGUCUUCUCCAGCUCUCUCUGUCUGUCUCUUUCCGUUGCGAGGUUGCCCGCCCGCCCGUAUUCUCGUUCUCUCGCUCUAUCCGCCAGCCGCCCGCCGCCCGCCGCCUCCGCCCCCGUGGCAUACCAACCAACGAGCCGGGGCCGCUUUCGCUUUGUGCGCGCCGGGGCGGCGGUACAUCAAAGCCUUCUAGUUCCCGCUCCGGCCUUUGACGGCUGCGUCGCGGCCGUUCGCUCAGUCAUCGCUCGGUAGGCGAAGCCGGCACGCCGUGGAUGAACGGUCGCGCGCGCGCCAACGGUCGCCGAAUCCGUGGGAUUCGCAGCCUCUGGCUAACCAGAAGAUUUCUCGAUCGCGGAAACGCGACCGUCGCCGCUGGACGAUGUCGCCUCGUGGCAGCAAGUGCACGCGCCUCAACAAAGCGGCUGCGAAAGGUCGACCUGUGCGCCAUCAUCAUCAGCGACCGACCUCGAACCAGGCCACGCGCGUCGACGACGACGAGGAGACGACGGUCAUCGACGAGAACAACACUUUCGCAUCGGAGACAACUGACAGAACCACGGCCACGGCUACCACGACGAACAACACCAAGACCAGGACGAGUAAGUCUGCGGUGGCAGCGUGCGAGGGUCGAUCGUCGUGGGCGACGCGCAUGCGCCAACCCCUGGAGAGUAGCCUCGAGCCCCGUGAAAACAGCACCCUGAUGCAACCAUGGCCGACCAGACAACGCUGCCACGAUCAACUCGUCGAGGAUCGCCCCGACGAUACUAACCACCACGGAGAUGCUGCGGUCUCAUCCACGUCGUCGUUGUCCUCACCCGCGUUCUCCUCCUCCACCGACGCGCUGUCUCGUCGAUCGACGUCCCCUCCGUCGACCACCUCGUCGCCGGUACGUUCCAGCUCACCAAACUCGAUCAUCUCUCAGGAGAAGCUUUCGAAGGAGAACGAACAGGUGGAGGAGAAAAGAACUGUGGAUUCGAGGCGGUACAUCGGCGAUCAGGAUCGUAUCAGACGGUGGAAGCAGGAGAGACAGUGCUCUGUCAGAUCACGCGGGGUUAGAGAGAGUGUCACUGAAAAAUCAUCCACCCCAGUGGUCACGGCAUCGUCGGCGAUAGCCUGCGUAUCCACAUCCUCGACGAUAUCCUCACCUUCGCCGUUCUCUUCUUCCGUUUCCACGACCUCGGACCGAGUGAUCGACCAGUCGGCACAGGGCAGCGUGAAAAGUUGUCCACCUGUGUCGCACUCGUCGGUAAUCGAAAGUUUGAGAAGUGCUCUGGAGAGUUACGAUCGCAGCAGAAUCUACCUCGCACAUGUGUCCUUCCUGGAUUGGCGGGACCUACCAGGACGACGGCGCGCCACCGUCGUCCCAGCUGGAGACGCUGAGAGGGUGUGGGUGGUGGGGGCGGCUGAUCACGAGGGACACCACAGGACGCGAUUGCUGGUAACCGGUCGCCACUGGCGACCACGUUGCUUGAGACGGGUGAACAUGUUGAGCCAACCGGUGAUAUACGCUGGUGGGGGCAGAGGAUCCUUGACGGUGGAUCUCUUUCUUUGGUGGUUCCAUCGAGAGUUCGCCGUGACGGCAAUGGCCAUGCAUCCCGAUGGUGCCGUGUUAGUCGCCGAGAGUGCGGACUACCUGCCACCAGAAGCUGACUGCAUUGCUGCCGACGGUUUGGUCAGACUAUUCGUAGUGCCGAAAGAUUGCCUGGAGAUGAGGAUCGUCGUUAGGGAACUUCGAGUUAGACUAGCCAUCGGGCUACUUUCCCGAGCUUCCUGCAGCGUUUAUCGUACAUUCUCUAACACGUCGAAAGACAUCGAUCCCUUAACUGGUUACCUGAGAAACUUUACUCUGAAAGAGGCGUUCGCCGAUCUGCAUCGCGCCUGGCUGAGCAUCAGGUCGGAGACGUUCGCUCGCAGUUGGACGUUGCCGCGCGAUCGCGAAGACGCGUCUGGUAACAUCGGUCCGUCCUUGUCCUCGCGGAUUCACGCGUCACCCGACGAGGAGGAGGACAGAAUGCUGCUGAUCGAGUUGCAGAACGUAGCUAGGGAAGUGGGUCUGGAGGUCAACGACGACGAGCUGAGCAAGUGGAUCCUCGACGAGGAAAGCGAUCUUGCGCGAUGCGUCAGGAAGUUGGAACUCGAAGAGGAUCAUUGCCGCGUGAAGAUCGAGGCGGAUGAGAAGUGGGCCGAUUACGAUGGUGGGGAACAGCAACAGGAGGAGGAUGAAGAGGAAGAGGACAAAGAAGACGAGCCGAGCGCGGAAGAAACUGUCGGUCUGCUGUCGAGGGUGCUGACAUGGAUGGAAAGGGAGCCUCUCGAUCCGGGACUAUUACUCGCCGUCAGAUCGAUGCGCGAUACUGCCGCACUCAUGGCGAGCAAGAUGGGCCUGGCGGGGACGCAUCCGAGCGGGUUGCCUUUCUUCUGCCCCAAUGGGGACCACCUGACCCAACCACCGCCUGCUCAUAUGGGAAUUCCACCUUACGGAACGUUGGACGCAGGCAAAGCUGCUGCAGCGGCUGGUCUGACGAGAGCACCGAUGUAUCCCUUCUCCACGGGUCAAUAUCCGUACCCCAUGCUUAGCCCGGAAAUGACGCAAGUCGCUGCUUCCUGGCUAAACUCUUUGACAAGCAAUGGUUUCGUUUCCAGGCAUACACCAAGCAUGUACCCCAUUUCACCGGCAAGCACUGGUUUUCGAAGUCCGUAUCCCACGAGUUUGCCCAUCACAAGUUCUAGUUUACCAAGUGAUCUGUACCGGUUUUCGCCGACUGGUCUGAUGCCUCCGCAUCCUGGACUGAGUCCGCACGCACACGCGUUGGCGUCCCACGCGCUGGUCUCCUCGGCGCCGAAAACGGAUCAUUCCACCUUGGAUCACAAUCACAGGUCAUCGGUAGAACAGAAGAACUCGACGUCGUUACCCACGGACAACUCGAAAGCACAGGACACGGGUCAGCAGAAUAAUCAAGAUAAAAAGAAACCCCAUAUAAAAAAGCCUUUGAACGCAUUUAUGCUGUACAUGAAGGAGAUGAGGGCGAAAGUCGUGGCGGAGUGUACCUUAAAAGAGAGCGCUGCCAUCAACCAAAUAUUGGGAAGACGAUGGCACUCGCUAAGCCGGGAGGAGCAGGCGCGGUAUUAUGAGGCGGCCAGGCAGGAGCGCCAUCUCCAUCAGCAACGAUACCCCGGCUGGAGUGCCAGGGAUAACUACGGAUACGGCAGCAAGAAGAAGAAGAGGAAGAAAGAACGGUCCGCAGAUCCCACCGGAGGUAACAACAUGAAGAAAUGUCGCGCCAGGUACGGAUUAGACCAGCAAAGCCAAUGGUGCAAGCCAUGCAGACGUAAGAAGAAAUGUAUCAGAUACAUGGGGGAGGGAGGAGACGGCGACGGCGAAGCGGACGGCGAAGGCGAGGACGAUCAUUCGGAGGACAACCUUGGCAGCGUGGGGGAGGCAGGCACUCCCGAGGAGGACGAGUCGCUGAGCAGUCCCGGGGGUUUGUCCGCGUUGUCUAGUCUGGCUAGUCCAUCGCUGGUAUUACCGUCGCCCUCGAGCCUGGCCAGCCCGUGUCCUUGCCCUCUGACACCCCCGGUGCCGCCUCCGCCCCUAUCGAACCCGACCAGUCAGCCGCACAAUCAGCCUGUACAACCGCCGCCGCCCCAUCGUAACCCGGUCGGCACGAAUCCCCACGACAUCAACAAUCCCCUUAGCGUGAACCAACUGACCGGACAGUGUAUAAAGAGUGAAGUGGUCUCGGCGCCGUCGGGCACCACCAAUCCGGCGAUCAGUGUUACGUAGCCCCGGCCGGACCCACGUGACAAGACUGUUGCUACGCGCCGUGUCAUCAACAGGGUCCAUGUACGUGUACAGACGGCAAGCUGGACGAUAAUAGGGGUCAAUGUCGUCACCUGGUCCAGGGCGACGACGACGACGACGACGACGAGGAGGACGAAGGAGGAGGCGGCGGAUGAUAGCUGGCUCCUCUUCAUUCGGAUCGUCGUUAGGACAGAUCUGAAAUGGGGGAUUUGUUGGCCAAUCGCGUCAGUCGUGUGAAGACUAUACAAGGAGAUCCGGGUAAUCAAGUUGGAGCCCAGGGUCCAGGAAAAUGAUGGAGCGAAAGAGGAGAUACCAGUGUGAAAUCGACUCGGAUCUAGGACGCAAGGCUACGAGGGAGAGAUCCUCGGGAUAAUCGUGUCCAGUCUCUCGCCGCGUUCGUUCGUCGGGACAGACCCAGUGUCCAAAGUCUUUAGCAGCGAUAGGCAGAGGAGUCUGGGUAUAUAAGGACGUUCACACGUGUUUACGAUCGAACGAACAGACGGACAAGCGAAGAAAAGUAAAGGCAAAAGAAACAUAUGAACAUACGAUGCAGAAAUACUCAGGACCAAGUGUCUGGCUGUAGUCACCCACUCGAGAGAGAGAGAGAGAAAGAGAGAAAGAUUGUCAGUUCGCAUGCUAGAUAGACAGAAUGAGAGGAAGAGUGUGCCUGCGUGAGAGAUGUUGAAAGAGGAUACAAAAAGAGAGAGAAACUAUAUGAUACGCAUAACUGGCUGACGAUGAAGGUGCGCGUGACACAGCUUGUAGUCCUUGUUACGUUGUGAUGCCAAUGACUGAGAGGUCAUGUUCCUGUGCCAGGUACUAUAUUCUAUAAAGUAAUUAUACCGCAGACGUAUAAACUAAAGGUAAAACGAGCAAGCAAAAGAGAGAGAGAGAGAGAGGAAGAAUGAAAGAUAGAAUGAAAGAGCAAUGCCGAGAGAGAGAAUGAUGUGUCCAAGCGAGAACGAGACAUUUCGUCGUCAUUCAUUUAAUUCGACCUCACGAUGUCGGAAUACCUAUUCUCCUGUAUGUAAUUUGUUAUUUUUUUAAAAGUCUAUAACACUGUGCGAUUGAUUAGCAUGUAAGAUCUCUUCAUUUUAUUUCGUUUCACGACGUGACAAUCCGUGUCGCUGUUUCAAACCCGCCCUUCAACGAAAAUCCACCUGCGUACCCGCUUUUAUCUGACCUUCGUCGUUAUAACUUUCCUCUGAUUCGUAUUCAGAGUUACCUUUUCGAUUAUAUAGAUUGUACGGCGUAACGCGAUCGCCAGGUGAAACGUUUAUCGAAUUGUUUCUUUACGUGGAUCUCCAUUGCAUAAUUAAAAAUGAAAAAAUAGCUGUCUUGGGCGAAAUCUCAGGAAUCCGUGCGGACUCGAUGAUCAGACGUGGCUCGUUCAUGAACGAUGAACUCUAAUUCUAAGUUUUACAACCCCGUCAGGAUCGAAAUCGAGAGGAGAUCGAGGAAUCAGGGGCGAUUGAGAACGAACAUGCGCACCGUUCGCGCUAUCGGGCCAUCGAAGACAAUAAGAAUAACACAGCGAGGAAGAAAUUGUUGUGGCAUCGAAUCGCGCGGUUCAGAGCUUCCAUUAGAACGUACAAGGUUAAUCGUGUUCGAUCGAAAGUCGCUAUUCCUCUGUGUUCCCUCGUCAGUCGUUCACAGGACGUUGACAAAGCAGGAGAGAAGGCAUGUAUUAUUUAGAGAUCGUCGUCUCUGCAAGCGACAAUCGCUUCUUCGCGCGUUUUAUUUCUUCUUUGAAACCUCGAGCUGUGACUUCGUUAAUUCUUUAGCAUUUCGAAUCGUUUCACGUUUUUUAAAAGAAACAUUUCUUGUAUUUCGGCGUAAUUAUCGAAGAAGAAACGCGCGAUAGACCGCGAUCAGUUUAAUCAUUUUAUUUAAUUGGAACUUGAAAAUAUACCGGUUCCUGUUUGCGAUAAAAAGAUUGUGAUAGGCGAACGAGAAAGAUGAAAACGUUUAGAAAAUUGUUAUCGAUCUUGACUGAACGACAAAGCGUAUACGAGUUUCCCCUGCUUGUUUCCGUCUCGUUUGUAAGUUUGCGUUUUAUCUUCUGAUCGUCGAUGUGCGAACCCUUUAAGCGGCAAUAUAAUUGUUCUUGUAUAGCGGCGACUGGUUGAAAGAAAGAACGCGUAGAAUGAUGUUUGUCGAUCGUGCGCUCGUUUUCAUAAUUUUCUUUCGUUUCCAUUUUUAAUUCUUGUUACCGUGGAAUAUACGUGCGAACGAACUCGAUAAUUCCACGUCCAUUGCAAUGAUCGUUUUAUUUUCUUUUCUUUUUUUCUUUAGUUUCCUUUUAUACGAUUGUUAAGAAUUGAGCGACGGUUAUGUGCAAUUUCGCACAAGAGUUUCUUUUUUUUUCUUUAAAUUUUAUUCGAAUUUUUGAAUAGUAAAUCGAACGAGUUAGAAGUGAUAGAUAUUUUGCGCGAAGCCUGUUACCACGAUUAUUUUCUUUCAUUUUUUAUUAUGGAUUAAAAAUUCUAUUGCUCGAAAUCCUCGAGUGCGAUCCAAUUAUCUCUGAUCGAUCGAUACAUAGGAAAAAGAUAACGUAAGAGAAGAGAAAGAACGAGCUGUACACGCGACGAUUGUUGUUUUCUCGUGCGUUUUCAUUAAAACGGAGCAGCUUGUGUACAUAGGAUAGAGAUACGUUUUUAAGGUGUAUUUUGUUGCGUCGAAUGGGAAAGUGCAAUGGAGGACUUUGACGAAGAAUAAGAAGAUGGAAGAAGAAGAAGAAGAUCAGCAGAGAAAUAGAAGGAAAAAGAGAGUUGCGUUAUGCCGCCAUGUGGAAGUCACGCGAGCGAAGAGUGAAUGAGAACGAAUGAGAGAGUUUCUGUCUUUUCUUCCUGUUCUCUUCGUUUCUUUUCUUAUCAUUAUUUUUUUAAUCUUUCUUCUCCGAUUCUACGAUUCACCCCCUCGACUGAAGCAAUCACCGAUGUCUCUGUAUAGCGAGAGGAGCGUAAGAUAAAACUGUAAUACGCGUCGUGUAUCGAACAGUAAACUUGAACGUGCCAUAACGACAUCAUGCCAAUAUUAUCAAUAACCCAUAUUUUUUACACUGCGAUCCGUUUCGAACAUCGUUCUGUCAGUCGUAUCCUAGGCUUUGCGUUCAAUCACGCGUCUCUUGCUUCUUUUGCCGCGUUUUUACCUCAACCACCGGUUAUUCUCUCCCUUCGUUGCCUCCUCCUCGGUCGACCCAUCUUUGCACGCGAUCCACGCUCUAUCAUCAAUAAUAUUUGCAGAAUUUUAUUUUUCACGUACCUAUUUUAUGCUUGUAAAUUUAUUUUAAACUUUGAACGCGAAUUAAUCAAUGAUCCAUAAGAAUCUAUGACUUAAAGUAUACGACAAUCGAUCAGCGAUCAAUUUGUGAUUUCGUGGGUCCAAGUAAAUCUUAAACAUACACUUUUUCAAUAAUUUUUACUGACAAUUAGAUAUUCAUAAAAUUGAAAAAUUAUCCUUCUAUUUUCAUAGAAUUACCUUCUCAAAUAAUAGUACUCGAUAAAAAUUUGGAUACCUCGGUGAAGAUCGAGGUUCGAUCGUGAAGAA